UCUUCAAUAGAUCGCGCGCACGAGGGCACGCAGCACUCCACUCACGCGCUGUCUAGAACGUUCGCGUUGAAGAUCGUCCUUUCAGAGUCGACGCUACGAUAUUAACACCAGAGCCUCAAGUAGCAGCGAACGCAGGUUUGGUUUAUGACACCACGGAGCGAGCACGGUAGAGGUGCGCCAUCGCCAGCGCGAGAGGACCCCCGUGUGCGGCGACUUGGCCACGCAGCGUUCGUGGGCGCCGUCGGUCUGAUCGCGGCUGCCGUGUGCGUCGCCGUACCCAUCGGGUUGCGCCUGAGCCUGAUACGUUGCAAGGGCAGCGAGUGCCUGUCGCUAGAGCGGGACAUGAAGCGCGCCAUGGAUCCCGGUGCGGACCCGUGCAGCAACUUCUACCAGCACGUCUGCGGCCAAUGGGUCAGUGGAAAGACGGACUUCGCAUAUGCCACCUACAAGUACAGGAACUUCCGGGACAAGGACCUGAUGUACGAACUGGUGACGGGCGUCUCGCUGACUCCGAAUCGCCAUCAGACCACCCGUGAUAAGCUGGCCCUACUGUACCUCAGCUGCCACACAGAAGUUAACAACGAGGAGUCCAUUGGCGAUUUCCUACGUGUCCUUGGACUGACCUGGCCGAAGCGCUCUCACUCAAGUGCCUUCGAGGUUCUGGACAUUAUGGCGGCCGCGUCGCUGGAUUACGGCUUCUCGCUUGUCUGGACAUUUGCGAUAGGCCGACACCCACGCAGGCCCCGACAGAGCGUGAUUUAUGUGAUGCAAGACUUAGGCUUAUUCCUAUGGAACGCGAUGACCUCUGAUCUGGCGAACGAAGACAAGCUUCCAGACUUCCUGCGCCUCUGUGCUGAACGUGUCGGUGCCACCGGGCAGUCGUACGACCCUAUGAUCAACGACGUCGUCAGCACGCACGAGGCGAUAAUGCACAUUCUGAGUAACGAAUACGCGGCCACCUACAUACCCGAGUACAUGAACUACAGCAACGCAGACCUGAGAAGGGCCGUGAAUCGCCACCUGCCUGACCGAUCACAGGAAUGGUCACCGGACAUUUUGGUGUGCCUGCAGCUCGAGCAGUUCUCUCGCUUCCUCGACGAGCUACGCAGUCCGGACAAAGCCGCUAGCUUAAAGCUCUACCUGGGCGCGUACCUGGUAUUUAAGAUGAUGACCUUUGCGUCGCGACACUUAACGCACGCUAUGAUGAAAGUAAAAGGCAAGCUUUCCCAAAUCGACCGGUACGUGAUGGCGCAGUGCACGGACCUGAUCGACACUGCCUUGCCCCUGUCUGCACGGAAGUUCCAGCAGGACAAGAUUGAUAGCGCGUCGCGACUUGCCAUCUUCAACAUCUACGCCCGCGUGCUCCGAGCGCUCGUGGACGUCGUCGCCGGCCACGACAGCGAGAUCGCCUCCAGUAUAGCCGAAUAUGCGCACACGCUAUCCCUGGGUGCCUUCAACUUGACCAUCAGGCAAGAGCAGCUAGAGGCGCUCUACGCGUUCGUACCUCGGAUAAAAAUCGCAAAACUGCUGUCAUUUCUGGACCUGUACACUACGGUGAUGGACUCUACCCUAACGGUGCUUAAGGAUUCCACGAACGUCCAGAGGGGGAACCUCGCGCACGUUCCAAACUUGGCAACCAUUCCCGUCUACCGUCUUCUAGUGGCACGCGAGAUAGCGAUCCCGCCGUAUGCGUUACUGUGGCCCGUGUUCCACCGCGAAUACCCCGCAGCAGUGAACAUGGGGUUGCUUGGAACUUUCAUCGCUCGAGGUCUGGUGGACAUGGUGUUUUACAUGUUCUUCAGGGAGAGGUUCAGGUAAGGAGUGGCGUAAAGAAUGCGGCUAAGCACAAAGGCAUGCAGCACCUUCAGAUUAUCUGCUUCGUCUAGACCGGCUCGUGAAUGUGAAACCCUUCUAAGAAGAUGGAUGACUGAGUAAGUGGACUGUUUUAGUGCUUUCAGGGUAAGGUUGUUUUUCCCCGUGUCCUGUAAAUGCAGGCCAAGAAUGCGGAGGGUAGGUGUUUGCGGUAUGGGAGUGUCAUGCAGGUAGAUAGUGAUGGGGGAGGUAGGGACGCGCCGCGGGCGGAUUAUGAGGAGUGCUGACUUUGUGGGGGAGCAUUCAAGCCCAAUGUUUGCCGCGUGAGUAGCGAUAGUUGUAGCGGCUUCCUGAAGGGUCGAUUCUAUGUCGCCAUCCGAGCCGUAUGUGGUCCAGACCGUUAUAUCAUCCGCGUAAAGUGUGUGUCCUAAGUGCGGGAUGCGGCUGAGAGCCUUGGCCAGGGGGAUGAGGGUGAGGUUGAAGAGGAAGGGAGAUAACACCGCCCCUUGCGGGGUACCAAUGUUACCAAGCGUGAAGUGGGGGGUCUGUAUAUCAUCUAUAUGCAGUGAGGCUGUGCGACCGUUUAAGAAGGCCCGGAUAUAGUUGUAGGUCUUAGGCCCCAACUGCAGCUCUUGGAUGCCCUGCAGGAUGGCGCUGUGUGUAACUUUGUCGAAUGCUUUGGUGAGGUCGACUGCCAGGAUUGCUCUGGUGUGAUGUAACAUGUCAUUGAGGAUAGCGUGUGAAAUCUGCAGUAGGGCGUCCUGUGCCGAGAGGUGGGAUCGAAAUCCUACCAUAGUAUGGGGAUAUAGUCCAUGGGAUUCCAUGUGUUGCGUGAGACGGGUGAGGAUGACAUGCUCAAACAGUUUGCCCAAGCACGAAGUCAGCGAAAUGGGACGGAGGUUUUGGGCGUUAAUGGGCUUGUUUGGUUUAGGAAUGAAUAUUAUUUUCCCGUGCUUCCAUUCAGCAGGUAGCACCCCCAUUUCCCAGCACUCAUUGAAGUAGUCGGUGAGAAGGGAAAUUGAACGGUCAUCUAAAUUUCUGAGCAUGACAUUUGUGAUUUGGUCCUCCCCAGGGGUUGAGUUUCGGAGCUUGAUAAGGGCUGCUCUGACUUCAACCUCCAUAAUGGGGGCGUCGAGGGAGGGUUGAUCGGGGCCUACAUAGUCGGGAUAUGAUACAGCUUGGCCCACAGUGGUAUAAGUUGAUUGGAGUUGGCGUAACAGUGCUUGAUGAUUUUGGCGAUGUUUAUGGGUAAGUCUUUUUAGUGUGAGCCGAGUUUGCUUUUUAGUUUGAGUGGGGUCUAUCAUAUGUCGCAAAAGAUGCCAGGCCCUGGUGGAGGAGAGAUUACCUCGUAAUCCGUCACAUAAUUGGUGCCAGUUAGAUUUACUGAGUGCGGCACUGUGUUCUUCUAUUUGUUUCUGUAGUUGCGCUAAUUUUAGCUUAAGUUUCCGAUUUUGCUUCUGGGUUUUCCAGCGUGUGAGGAUACUGCUUUGAGCUUGUAGUAGGUGCGCUAAGCGACUGUCUGCAACGGGAGUCUCGGGGGUGGCAUCUAAUGUUUGCGUGAAUGCCUGGACAUCCUGUUUCAGCUCUGUCAUCCAUGUGUGGAGGUUAAAGGGGGAUUCUAAUGUUUUGGCCUCUCUGUGCUUCCGAAGAUUAUCCCAGCUGGUAAUCCUGACACGGUAGGCUUUAGCUUUUAUGGCGAAAUCAAGCUGUAUAGUUAUGAUAUAAUGAUCACUGCCCAGGGCCUCAUUUGAGUUUGUCCACACUGGUGUGGGAAGGUUGCGACCAAAAGUAAGAUCUGGGCUUGUGUCGGCAGUGACACUAUUGCCGAUUCUUGUAGGUGUGCUCAGAUCAUUAUAUAUGGACAGGCCGUGCAUCUGAAGGGUGUUGUGCAAUUCCGCUCCUCUCUUGUUAGUGCGUGUGUACCCCCAGUCUACAUGUGCGCAGUUGAAGUCCCCUAAUAUAAUGAGGGGGUCCUUUUUUGCAGCGUUGGAGGCGGCUUUAAUUAGAGAGAUUAAAUCUGAGACCGGUUGCCUCGGGAGGAGGUAACAGUUGAGGAUGAAGAGGGGUUGAGAUCUGUGAGUGGAGGGGAUUAAUUCUAUGAAUGUGUGAGCUACCGGCGAGGUUAGUACAUGACAAGUGUAUGGUACGAAAUGUUGGAGAUACGUCGUAACCCUGGGGUUUGGAGUGGUGUCGGAGGGUACCAGAGCGUAUCCUGGCAGCGAUAAAUUUGUGCCAGCAUCCUGAAGUGCUACUAUAUCAGGGGGUGUGGAGGAAGCAGAGAGGAGCUGCUGCAGGGGGUCUCGUUUGCGACGAAACCCCCUGCAGUUCCAUUGUAGGAUGCUUAAUUGGAGAUUAUUGCCCGUCAACUGGGCCA